AUGAUGUCUUCCCCGAACCCGACCGACUCGACAAAUAACGGCGGCCCUGCAGGACAGCAGGUUGCCGAGCCCGGACCGAAAUUCUUCACGAUUGGCGAUGUGCAUCCCGACAAUGACAAGUACCGUGGCCUGACGGGCGACAUUGGGGAGCAGGAUGUGAAGCAGAAGUACUUUGAGGAGGACUUUAAGUUCGUCAUGCCGGAUCAUCUACGAAGGCCACACCAGGUCAACCCCCGAGCGGCGCCACCGGCGUCGGGUGCAUACGAACAGGGCGACUUGAACUCGACGGCCCCAUAUUCGUCCGACUUGUCGACGACACAACUGGAUGGAUCCCGCUCGACUGUCUCGGAAUCAACUGCCCAAGACAAGUCCGUGCCAGGCUCUGACGACGACGACGGUGUGAAGCAGUCGCUCGCCUUCAGAGUCGCCGGCAAGGUCGACAACUUGACAGACGCUGCACAGAAGGCCGUCAAGCAGCGACGGACGGACGACAGGAAAAAUGGGACGAUAUGUGGUCUGCGGCGCAAAACCUUCUGGAUCGUUUUUAUCGUCGCUUCUCUUGUCAUCAUUGGCCUGUCCGUGGGUCUGGGUGUCGGCUUGGCCGUGGCCAACGACAACGACUACUACGCCUCCUACUUCGAUGACGGCAUCGUCAAUCUCGGCAACAUCAGUACAUCUCCCGAGGCGAUCUACUUGAAUACGACGCUGUCUUCUCUGAACUUUACCGACGAAUUCGGAUAUGACAAUAUUGUUGUAUUCUACCAACUCAAUUCGAAGGUCCUUUGCCGGUCGCUGUGA